AUGUCAGCUGGAGACGACGGCUCCAGUCAAGAUCAGCCAACACAGCAACAGCAGCAGCAACAGCAACAACAAUCACCGCCACGGGACUACAAUCCUACACUUCAGCAGCAGCAGCAGCAGCAACAACAACCCCAGCAACAGCCGAACUGGGAGCCCUACCUCCGCCACACCUCCGCCCUCGGCAUCCUCAAGCCCAACGUCGUCUUCGACGUCUUCAAGAUGUCCGCCGGCGGCGACCAGCGCCUGCCGAACCCGCGCGUCGUGCGCACCGCCCACGCCGACGACGGCAAGUCCGUCUUUGUCUCGGACGAGCUCGUCACGCCCUUCCACCCCUUCGGCCCGGAGGGCUCCGGCUUCUCCGUCCUCGACGUGCGGCCCGCCGUGCCCGUGCGCAACACGGACCCGCCGGUCCAGGCGGCCGCAGCAGCAGCAGCAAGCCAGCAGCCGCUCCUGCCGCGCUGCCCGCCCGCGGGCGUCAACUUCGUCAUCACGGACAUCCCGCCCGGCCGCAGCGCGCCGAUGCACCGCACGCUGAGCCUCGACUACGCGGCCGUCAUGGCCGGGGAGGUCGUGCUGCGGCUCGACGGCGGGGAGGAGAAGACGGUGCGGGCCGGGGAGCUCAUCGUGCAGCAGGGGGUCAACCACGAGUGGGAGAACCGCGGGGACGAGACGUGCCGGAUAUUGUUUGUCAUGGUCGGGUCGGAGAAGAUCACGCUGGCUGACGGGAGGGCGUUGGAGGAGACGGUGUUUCAGAGGUGA